AGAGGACAUGGGAAACUGUCAAAUCUCAAUUUGUGCCACAUUAGAGAUGGCCAAUAUAUCGUGUAGAACGUUGUAAGAAAUGAAAUGAAUGUUAAUGGUGGAGUUGGGACCGUUAAUACGGAUGAAUCGGUCAAUUCAUUUACUCCCUUAAUAUCCAACCUAGUGGUUGGCAACCAAAGGGAAACGAGAAAGAUGGAAAAUAAAAACGACGACUCUAUUGAAUUGGUGAGGUUUAAACAAAGCUCUUCAACAUCUGAUUGUGAUGUCACAGACGAAGCUGGUUGUGAUGUCACAAACGUGGUCGAUUGUGAUGUUAUAAAGGCAGCCCAGGUUGACAGCGAACAUGUGACGGACAACGAACGAGUAAAUGAUGAUGGAAGCUCCUUAUGUUCAGUUGAUGUGCAAGACACGCAACCAUCAUCACCAGAGAGCAAGAACGAUAAAGUUUUACAGAAGACGACGCAGACAAGCAGUCUCAGUGACUCGUUCAAUGAUGAUGUCGCGUCAUCCACACACCGACCACCGAGUAAAUCUCAUACUUGUGAAAGUUGUGGCCAACUUAUGAGGCAACCAACAACCACAACACAGUCAGAUAAUUCAAUCUGCACAGCCAUACAAUCCACUUCGGUGGAUGCAUGUCGUAUAUGUCAUUGUGAGACGGACAAUGAACUGGGACCUCUAAUUGCUCCUUGUAAAUGUAAAGGAACGCUUGAGUUUGUCCAUCAGUCUUGCUUGCAACAAUGGAUUAAAAGCUCAGAUUAUAAACAUUGUGAAUUGUGUGGAUUUCAUUUUGCUAUGGACUCAAAGUUAAAACCAAUUACAAAGGUUAGUUUUAUUUGGAUUGUAUUUUUACUUUGUACUGUGUUUGAUAAAAAAGCUUUAUUUUAAUGAAAGACAUGCAAC